AUGGGGAAAAUCAAUUUGUUGUUGUUGGUGGUCUGUUCACAUCAUACAGUGCUGUACACUAAAGAGCUCUGUUUGUAUGCAGGAGUCCAGCGUAAAUGGGUGUCAGACACACGUCUCCCAAACUGCACAGUAGCCCAGGCACUCACAUACUUCCUGGACAUCACUAGCCCAGCCAGUCCUGAAUUGUUACAGUCCCUUGCAGAACUCGCAACAGAUCCUAAAGAGAAGGAACAGCUCGAAGAAUUGGGCCAGGGGACACACAAAUAUGAAGAGUGGAAAUGGGAGAAUGUUCCAACGAUCGCUGAUGUCCUUGAUGAGUUCCACUCUGUCCAAGCUCCUGCAUCUCUGCUCUUAACCCAGCUCCCAUUGCUGCAACCUCGGUAUUACUCCAUCAGCUCAUCACCAGAUACCCAUCCAUCCCAAAUCCAUCUCACUGUCGCUGUUGUCAAGUAUCGCACUAGAAAUGACCAGGGUCCAGUGCGACAUGGAGUGUGCUCCUCAUGGUUGAAUCGCAUCGAAAUUGGUGACAAUGUUCUCUGUUUCAUCAGAAGGUAGGAGUUUGAACAAAAUAAAAUAUUUUGCAGUGAAUUGUCCUUUUCUCAGUCUGAACACUGAAACCUGGAACAGUCAGGCUCGUAGGCGAUCCUGUGAUAUUAUUUGAGGAGGGAAUAUGCUAACAAGCAGCACCCAGUGCACUGUCUAAUUUA